CACCUCCUGCCUCUGCAGGGACAGCUGACAGCCAUGCCGGGGGAGCCAGGUGGGCACCCAGGCCCUCCAGCCCCAGGGUGUCCGGGUGGGGAUGGCUGCCGGGAGCCAUCGGGGAAGGAGGCAGCGGUGCUGGUGCUGGUGCUGGUGCUGGUGUUGGUGCCGGUGCUGACGCGGCGGGGGAUCCCGGGAGGCCACAGUAAGAAACCAAGAUGCUCCAUAAGGAAAGGAUCCCUGCCUAGGAGGAAUGAUGGAACACCACAGCUCAGGGUUCCCAGCUGAAGGACAAGACAUGCAGUAGGAGGCAGCACUUGUCACCAGAGAGCCAGACCCGGUCCUGCUGCACAGCCCAGGGCACCUCAGGAGUGACAGGACAUGUGCCACAUCAGCUGCCUCCUCCUGGGACUCCUCUUCAUCCUCAGUGUGACCAACAAGGACUCCUUUGCCCAGGCAGGCCGCAGGGUCUGCGCCGCGGUGCUGCCCAGGGGGGCAGCUGCCCACACCGAGUCCCACAUCCAGCCUGUCUACCAGCCCUACCUCACCACCUGCCAGGGCCACCGCCUCUGCAGCACCUACAGGACCAUCUACAGGGUUGCCUACCGACAGGCAUCCAGGGAGCUGCCCCAGCCCAUGGCCUCCUGCUGUCCUGGCUGGAGCAGAGCUAACAGCCACGCACUGGGAUGCAACAGAGCUCUCUGCUGGGUGCCAUGCCAGAACGGUGGGAGCUGCACCUUCCCUGGGAGAUGUGCCUGCCUGCCUGGAUGGACAGGGCCAGCCUGCCAGACAGACGUGGAUGAGUGUGCUGGCCCCAGCCACGGGUGUGCUCAGCUCUGCAUCAACACCCCCGGGAGCUACCACUGUGCUUGCUGGGAUGGCUUCAGCCUGGCUGCUGACACCAAGACGUGCCUGCCCCCGGUGCCAGCCCCCCCGCCAGAAACCUCCAGCCAAGCAGGUCCCCCAGGUGAAAUGAAGGAAGAAAUGAAAGACCUGAAGAGCAGAGUGGAAGCACUGGAGCAGAAACUCCAGUUGGUGCUGGCUCCUUUCCACAACCUGAUGCCAUCUGUGCCCGAGGAGGUUGGCACAGACCCCAUCAGUCGUCUGUCCCACUCCCUGCAGCAACUGGACAGAAUCGACUCCCUGAGUGAGCAGAUCUCCUUCCUGGAGGAGAGGCUGGAAACAUGUUCCUGCAAGAAUGAACUCUAGCUGAGCACACAAGGAGCUGGAGUAAGCCAAGUGCAACCGUAGCUCUUAUCUGACUCUCCAGCCCUGGGUGAGGAUGAAGCCACAGCAUCUCCAGAAAGACACAGGGUAGCAGGAGAAGGCUGAUUUCCUAUCAGCACCUCCAUCAUUUUCUUUUCCAACUCACCUUAUCAAAGAUCAUGCAGUUAUUUCCAAACUGGACUCUGAGCCCUCAGCAUCUCCCCCCCUUCCUGCUGGAGAGGCAGAAAAUAAAUGCCUUACCUCGUGCCACCAGUGCCUGGCUGGCUGUGCCAGAGAGAUUGGCUGGAUGGAAAGCUGUGUGGUGCUCACAGCUUUUACUUUGCAUUACCCUGGGACGUCACCUCCCAGCAGAGCACAGACCUGGCCCAAGCUGCCUCCCCAGUGCUCCCUCUCCCUGCUCUCCUCCCAAGAAAAGCAUGUUUGGAUCCAGGGGAUGGGUGCCACUGGUACCUGUAAAGGUUCUGCACUGACUGGGUAGGGGGUGCCCAUCCCUGCAGCCUCUGUUCUGCUCUCUGGGACCAGUGUCCUUCCAAGGAGGGCUGAAGGUUGGGAUUGUGUUUCACCAGUUCUUAGUAUGGGAGCUGCCCACACUCCUCUCCUCCACCACCCCUGGGCCCUCCAGAGUGGGAAGCAGCUUUUACACAGACCCAAAGGCACAGUCUGGUUUUAUUCCCUUUAAUAGAAAACUCCAACACUCCCCUCAGCAGAGCAGACAGGGACAAACCUGUGCCACUCAGCAGUGCCACCAGGGCUGAGGCCAGGGAGGAAGGGACAGUCCUGCACUCCUGGACUGAGUUCUGGCACCCUCAGGUGUUUACACUGGCACCAGCUCAGCUGUUGGGGUGCCAGAACCAGCACCCACCCCCCAGCACUCUUUGCUCAAGCCCAAGGACCCAGCAGAGCAGCAGUGACCCACCUGGUAGGAGGCUUCCUUCCCUGCUCAGCUGGAGUGGAGCUGCAGGCAAGGGGGUGCCCCAAGGCUUGUACCAAAAAUAAAGCUGCCUGCUGCAGUCACCCAG